GUAUGUCACAUAUGUAAGAUCUUUAUCUAUAAAUCCCAAUCUGAAUUUUCUUCCAUUUCAAAAUUUUCACUAAAAUGUUAUUAUAAAAGGAUUUCCUGUAUAUCAAAUCAUCAUAUUUAUUUUUACUUUCAUGCAAAUUAGUAGUUCUCAAAAAAAAUUCAAAAAGUAGACACAGCAAUUAAAUGCCUAGACGACAUUGGGCUGGCGACUUAGCUUGCACGGCAGAUAAACAAAGAUCCGAUAAUUAUGCUUGCACAACUUUGCAUUUCAAUUAAAUUUUAAGUACCUUACUUUAGAGCCCCAAUCCUAGUCAGAAAUGCCACGUGGUCAAAACCCCAUAAGUGCCUUCACAAUUUAUCAAUCUCUCCUUAUAUAAACCCUCACUAGUCCUCAACAACACACCUCUUUGUCUUCUCCAUUCAACACUAACCAGCUUCACCGUGAGAUGGUUAUGAUUCAUAUCUUCCUCACCGCGAUGGUGGUUGGAGGCGUUAGUCUCUUCCCGGAGACGGCAGAAGCGACCGUGAUGGGACCGUCGAUGCAGAAGCUUACGUGGCAUUACUACAAAGUUUAUAACACUUGCGAGAAUGCAGAGAAUUUUGUGAGGCACCAAGUUGAAAUAUUUUACAAGAACGAUAAAAGUAUUGCUCCCAAGCUCCUUCGUCUACUUUACUCCGAUUGCUUUGUCUCCGGAUGCGAUGCAUCAGUUCUACUAGAAGGUCCGAACUCAGAGAGAAUGGCGCCACAAAACAGAGGACUUGGAGGAUUCGUGCUUAUAGACAAAAUCAAAAUAGUCUUGGAACAAAGAUGUCCCGGUGUUGUCUCUUGCGCCGACAUUCUUAAUCUUGCAACUCGGGAUGCUGUUCAUUUGGCAGGUGCACCAUCUUAUCCUGUGUUCACAGGCAGGAGAGAUGGUUUGACCUCGGAUAAGCACACCGUGGACCUACCAUCGCCAUCCAUCUCAUGGAACCAAGCCAUGUCUUAUUUCAAAUCCAGAGGCUUGAGUGUUCUUGAUAUGGCUACACUUCUAGGAUCACAUUCAAUGGGAAGAACACAUUGCAGCUAUGUCGUUGAUCGACUCUACAAUUACAACAAGACCGGUAAACCAAGCCCGACUAUGAACAAGUAUUUCCUGUCUGAAAUGGCAAAGCAAUGUCCUCCAAGAACGAGGAAAGGCCAGACCGAUCCGCUAGUGUACCUAAACCCGGACUCAGGCUCAAACCACAGCUUCACAAACUCAUUCUAUUCAAGAAUUCUAUCAAACAAAUCUGUACUUGAAGUAGAUCAACAACUGCUUUACAAUGUUGACACCAAGCAAAUAUCUAAGGAAUUCUCAGAGAGUUUUGAGGAUUUCCGGAAAUCAUUUGCUCUUUCGAUUAGCAAGGUGGGAGCGAUAAAUGUGUUAACUAAAACAGAAGGUGAGAUACGAAAAGAUUGCAGGCGUAGAAACUAAACACAAAAGCACUAUCUCUCUCUGAUCUUGCAAGAAGAAUAAACAGAAGGUAUAAACAGGAAACAACAGGAAAAAAGAUUGAAAUAUUUAUGUUUCAGAUAUAAAUUUGUUGUCAUUUAUUACAUUGUAAUCGCCAUGAAAAAGGCUUCUCUAUAGCUAAAGGAGAUUGAUUCUUUUGGUG